GUCUUCCUUCCAUUCGACGUGUCGUGCUGUGUCGUGUCACGUAGAGUUGCAAUCGUGCAAUUUUUUCGCGAUCGCACGACGUCGUGAGUGAGCGACCGUCGGCGAGUGACAGAGACCGACGGACGUAACGUGCCCGUAAGGGAGAAACGCGUCCGCUCUCGCACAUAGACGUUCGAGUCGCGAUACCGUGUACUCUUCCGCACCUCUUCUCUCUCUCGUCUUUGUUGCUUCUUCUCUCGCUCCGUUUUCUCGUCCGGCGCAAACAUGAAUGAAGAAUACGACGCGGUCGUGCUCGGCACUGGCCUGAAGGAAUGCAUCCUCUCGGGUAUGCUAGCCGUCAGCGGCAAACGGGUGCUGCACAUCGACCGCAACAAGUAUUACGGCGGCGAGUCGGCCUCCAUCACGCCCCUCGAGGACCUGUUCGGCAAGUUCAAGGCUCCGUCGCCAGAUGAGAGUUAUGGCCGUGGUCGAGACUGGAACGUUGACUUGAUCCCCAAGUUCCUCAUGGCGAAUGGUCUUCUGGUCAAGCUACUCAUCCACACGGGCGUGACACGUUACUUGGAGUUUAAAUCAGUCGAGGGUUCGUACGUGUACAAAUCGGGCAAGAUCUCCAAGGUGCCAAUCGAUCAGCAGGAGGCCUUGUCCAGCGACCUGAUGGGCCUGUUUGAGAAGCGGCGGUUCCGCAGUUUCCUCAUGUGGGUGCAGAACAUGCGGGAGGACGAUCCAAAGACGUGGGAAGGCUUCGAUCCUUUCAACAACAACAUGAGUGCGCUCUACAAUAAAUUUAAUCUCGACAGGAACACGCAAGACUUUACCGGACACGCGUUAGCGUUGUAUAGGGACGACGACUAUAUAAGCCAAACCGCGAUAACCACCAUUAGGAGGAUCAAAUUGUACAGCGAUAGUUUAGCACGAUACGGAAAGUCGCCGUACCUUUAUCCGUUGUACGGCCUGGGUGAACUUCCUCAGGGAUUCGCGCGUCUUAGCGCCAUUUACGGUGGCACGUACAUGCUGGACAAGCCGAUCGAUGAAAUCAUCAUGAAGGACGGCAAGGUGGUUGGCGUUCGUUCCGGCGACGAAGUAGCUCAAUGCAGGCAAGUCUUUUGUGAUCCUACGUAUGUACCUGAUCGUGCGAAGAAAGUCGGUCAGGUGAUAAGAUGCAUAUGUCUGAUGGAUCAUCCGAUAUCAAAUACCGGCGACGCACUGUCAACGCAAAUCAUCAUUCCUCAGAAACAGGUCGGCCGCAAUUCCGAUAUCUACGUAUCCCUCGUAUCAUAUACUCAUCAGGUCGCGGCGAAGGGUUGGUUCAUCGCCAUGGUCUCGACCACAGUGGAGACAAAGAACCCGGAAGCCGAGAUCAAGCCUGGCUUGGAUCUGCUCGGUCCAAUCAGGCAGAAAUUCGUCAGUAUCUCUGAUUACAUGGUGCCGGUGGACGACGGUAUCAACAGUCAGAUAUUCAUCUCCACCAGCUACGACGCGACCACGCACUUUGAGACAACCUGUCUAGACGUGCUCGAUAUAUUCAAGCGCGCCACUGGCGAGGAGUUCGACUUCAACAAGGUGAAGCACGAGCUCGGCGACGAGGAUCAGUAACUGUAAUUGUGAAUUAUGCGCGUGCAUUUAUCGUAUAUACUUGGGAAAUCGAAGCGCUCAGUGAAUUCGCGUAUUCGAAUAAAAAUAAAAAACAACGCAUCGACGAUGCCGACCGCGUCGGUAUUUUGCGUGUAAGGCAGGUACUAUGGAACAAAUCAAGCUGCGAGCAGACCUGUGCCUAACUAUGUAGAAUUCUCUCUGAUAGAGAAUGAAAGACAGAGGUAAAAGUUGGCUAAAUUCUACAUCUUUCUCUCUAUCUCUCAGUCCCAGUCUUCGUCCUAAUCUUAUCCCGCUGGCACUCAUCGACCCUUCGGCAGAGUCUUGCAUUCGAACCACACGAAUCUUCUACGUUUAUACGGUAGAACUCUUCAACUCCAUUUCUACGACUCGGAACAUCGGAUUGUAAGGUUUCGGUCCUCUUGUAAAUUUAUAUUUUGCCAAUGUACGUUCGAAUGAAUAAUAAUACAAGAAAGGAGACGUCCGUCACUGCGUGUAAUAGAUAUCUAUCAUAUUUUAACGAAACGUAUAAGAUAUAAGCGAAACGUUCAACGGCAGAUUACAUUGUACAAAAGAAAAAGUGGAAAAUCUACAGAUUUGUGUUGCUACAUAAGGUUCAUAGAGAACGUGUUACUGAUAACUCACUAACGAUACAGUCAAUCUAGGUACCAUAUCUGUCUAGGUAAUUCCCAUAGGUGUAAACGAAACAUCGAUUAUUGCGUAAAAGAAAAAAAACUUACGUUGUCCGUGUUCGGGCUUUAAACUGCGAUUUGUCGAGUUGCAUUUAGCGUUUCGGGCAGAAUAAUCGCGAUCGAGCAGCGGCAUAGUCUAGCGCCAUGGACUGUCGACAGGCGAGCGAAUGUGUUCUAUUCGUAAUUUCCUAUUAUCGAUUCGCACGGCAAAAUUAGAACCGACAUCCAAGGUAUAACGCGUUGCUCGAUAUUCGCGAUCUUCGCGUAUAUACCGUUAUAACUAUUUCGUCCUCUACAUUCACUUAUUUUUAUUUUCAUUUGUCCUGACUUAGGAAAAAAAAUUUUGUAAUUGAUAGUACGGCUAGAUAUUUUCAAUGUGCGCUCAGAAACAGAAUUAGGAAUAGGAGAAUCGCAUUCUCAUACACGCUUGAGACAAAAGUCGGCGUAUUCGGAAAUUGCUCGGGAAAAAAAAAGAAAAGAACCGAAAAUUAAUAUCUAUGCGAUAAGAGAAGGGACGUCCGGAGUGGCCAAGCAUUUCACAUUAGAUAUAAUAUAGGUCUAUAUAUAGUAUAUAGAUAUAUAUAUAGAAAGAUAUGUAUACAUAUAUAUAUAUAUAAAUAUGAGAAAAUGAAAUCGUUGAAGUAUUGUUGUUUCGUGUGAACUUGAGAUAUCUGUAUUAUUUCUUUUGCAUAAGAAGCGCGGGCGUAUCAUGUAAAAUUAUCAUUAAUCGUUACCUGAUAAGACGAGGAGGACGAGGAAACGCGAAUACUCACGUGUGCACAUCGAUUGCCGAUUAAUGAUGCAAAUACGUCUGCACGAUUGUCUAAGAGGCGAUGGGUAACCGUCAUUUUCCUAGAUUCAUACUUUGCUUGCACUCUCUCUCUCUGGGUUAUGGCGAGUUACAUGCAAUUUCGCACGAUUAUGUACGAAAAGAUUUGGUGAAAAAUGGGUACAACGGACACGCACUUGUCACAACCACGAUGGAUAGCUUUUGCUGUUAUCCGUCAACUUGUAACACACGAGAGCAGAAUGGAAUAAAUGAUAUUGUAUUAA